AUGCAACUUUUCCGUUGUCGCCCUGCCAUCGCAAUUCCUACCGGCGCGAGAACCCCGCAAGCUGUGCAAUACCGCUGGUUAUCAGCUCGCAGCGGCAGCAGCAGUACUAUCAGUAAUGAGGAGCUGCAGAAGGCACGGACGUGGCUCGCGGCGCUGCAUGCAGAGGUGAUUCCACUGAAGACAAUUGGCGAAUUGAGCUUCAGCAGGUCGUCCGGCCCGGGCGGGCAGAAUGUGAACAAAGUAAAUUCUAAAGCUACUUUGAGAGUACCCCUCGGGGCUCUCCUGAACCAUGUCCCUACUGCUCUUCAUGCAGAGAUCAGCCGCUCGCGCUACGUUGCGGCUAAGUCCAACGAUAUCAUAGUCCAGGCCGACGACAGUCGCAAGCAGAACGACAAUGCUCAUGCCUGCUACAAGCGACUGUACGAUGCCAUUGUUGAGGCGGGGCGCAACGCCGUGCCAAAUGAGACGUCCGCGGAGCAGAUGCGCCAUGUCAAGAACCUACAAAAAGCCGACAACGAGCGCCGACUGAAGAGCAAGAAGCAGCAGAGCGCCAAGAAGAGUUCGAGAAGAGGCCAUGGAGACGAUUGAAGUGGCCAAGGGAUAUAUUGUCCACAAUGAGGUAGUGCCAUUUCGGCUCGUCGGUCGUAUGUCUAAUACAGGUGAUGUGGUCAAACUCUGUACAAGAACUGCC